AUGCCAAAAACCUGCUGUUUCUCCAUACUCGGCCUUGCCUUGCUGGCUGCUCUCGUCUCUUGUUGGCCCUGGGCACACGAUGCCAUGCCAUACGUUGGAUUCGUGCCCGUUCUCGGUUACCGCUCUGGGCGCGCCCCAGAUGCCCGGUCUCUUGACUCAAACCAGCAUCAACCUGUGGUCAACUUAACACAGCAGUUUGCUCCGGUUGCUUGUCCCCCAACCAUCCGAGAGCCGACGAAACAUCAACAUCUAACCAUCCAUCAGCCAAUGCCGUUAGGCACCGUCCACCAUCCGACCCGAGGCCUCUUCACCUCCGCAUCUUCCCCCGCAUCACGCAAAGCUGCCGGCGGUAGAUUCAGCACAUUUGCAUUCGGCCCAGUCAGCCAGCAACUCAAAAGAGACAGACUCAACUACGGAAGACACAAACCUUAUCGUUUCUCAUCCGAAGGCCAGUAUACUUACUUCUUGACUCGCCGGCUAAGCAGAGUCCAAAAAGACUUCAACCUAGCUUACCAGUACACUACGGUAGUUGACUUCCAGCUGAGCCGGAGGAGGCCUAUCAAGCUGUCAAGUUUCGUCAACGACAUCGGACCCCAGCUGACCCUCAACCCGCUCGGCUCCCCCUCUCUCAGACUCGCAACUCGUGAUAUUCAGCUUGACCUGGUCACCCCUUCCAAGUCCCAGAUUCAGGUCUAG